UGAGAGCAUACAAAGCAAAGCAAACGAAUCAAUCAAUACAACAAGAUAGUUUCAUGUAUUGUAAGGUUUGAUCUGUAUCUGUACUGCUUGUCUUCCUCCUCAUAUCUAAUAAUUUAUCUAUCUUCUUCUCUUUCAUUUCAUUUGGGAACAACACAACACAACACAACACAAGAUGGGUUGUUGCCAAUCUUCGCUCAAAGCCACUCAGCCGGUAAAGGAGAACGACAAGGAGAAGGAACAACCCUACCUCCGCAAUCUCAAUCUCAAUCGCUCCCACUCCCAAACUCAAACUCACACCGAUAGAGACUCAUCCUCUCCGGCGGAUCCCUCCUCCUUCUCCGAGUUCUCCUUCGCUGACCUCAAAGCCGCCACCAACACUUUCAGCUCAGACAACAUCGUCUCCGAGAGCGGCGAGAAAGCACCCAACGUCGUCUACAAAGGCCGCCUCCACAACCGCCGCUGGAUUGCCGUCAAGAAGUUCAGCAAGGCUGCUUGGCCCGAUCCCAAGCAAUUUGUUGAAGAGGCUUCCGGCGUCGGCAAAUUGCGCCAUCCCAGGCUAGCUAAUUUAAUCGGUUACUCCUGUGACGGUGAUGAGAGGCUCCUCGUUGCUGAGUACAUGCCUAAUGACACUCUCGCCAAGCACCUCUUCCACUGGGAAAAUCAGACCAUUGAGUGGGCCAUGCGCUCAAGAGUAGCUCUCUAUAUUGCUCAGGCUUUACAUUAUUGCACUUCUCAGGGUCGCCCCUUAUACCAUGACUUGAAUGCUUAUCGCGUUCUUUUCGAUGAGGAAGGUGAUCCGCGUCUUUCCUGUUUUGGUUUAAUGAAGAACAGCAGGGAUGGCAAAAGUUAUAGCACCAACCUGGCUUACACACCUCCUGAAUAUUUAAGAAAUGGAAGGGUUACCCCUGAAAGUGUCAUUUACAGCUUUGGAACUGUUCUUCUAGACCUGCUCAGUGGCAAGCACAUCCCUCCAAGUCAUGCACUUGAUAUGAUUCAGGGGAAAAACAUCAUGCUCUUGAUGGAUUCACAUUUGGAGGGGAAGUUUUCUACAGAAGAGGCAACAGUAGUCGUUAAUCUUGCUUCCAAAUGUUUGCAAUAUGAACCGCGAGAGCGCCCUGAUACAAAGGAUUUGGUCACAACCCUUACUCCAUUGCACACAAAGCCUGAUGUUCGUUCUCACAUCAUGCUUGGAAUACCGAAGCACGAGGAAGCUCCAUCACCCCCACAACGUCCUCUUUCAGCUAUGGGUGAGGCUUGUUCUAGAAUGGACCUCACUGCAAUACAUCAGAUCUUGGUGGCAACACAUUACAGAGAUGAUGAAGGGACUAAUGAGUUGUCGUUCCAAGAGUGGACUCAACAGAUGAGAGAUAUGUUGGAAGCAAGGAAACGCGGGGACUAUGCAUUCCGUGACAAGGAUUUUAAGACAGCCAUUGAUAACUAUUCUCAGUUCAUUGAUGUGGGAACUAUGGUCUCCCCAACUGUUUUUGCAAGGCGCAGUCUGUGCUAUCUGUUAUGUGAUCAACCAGAUCCUGCGCUACGAGAUGCAAUGCAAGCACAAUGCGUUUAUCCUGACUGGCCUACGGCUUUCUACAUGCAGUCAGUUGCUCUUGCAAAGCUGGACAUGCAUAAGGAUGCGGCUGACAUGUUAAAUGAGGCAACUGCAUUGGAAGAGAAGAAGCAAAGAGGAGCAAGAGGAUCAUAGUUUGAGGGUGCCAUGUUCUGUCUGUAAUUGUAUAAAGGUUGAGCUGCCUAGCAAAAUCUAACGUUUGAAUCUGAAUUAAAAAUUUGUCAGAAAAAUACAACACUGGUGGAGUAGAUAGCAUGUGCAUUUGUUUUCGCCAACUCAUAGGAAUCGGCCAUAACUUAAAAACUGUGCUUAUGCACUCUAAAUUGUGAAGGAAGGAAUACCGGUGAUUUUUCCAUUGUUAAUGAAAUUUAUUGUUUGAUGCC